AUGCCCCGCAGAGCACGUGCUAAAAGGCGAAAGCUUGCGGCCUCCCCACCGUCUCUGGGUGCUAAAAUCGUGACUGAAGACAUGGCAGACGCCAGCGUAUGUUCUUCGCCGUCUGCAGAUCUGAUUAAAUUACAAAGCCCUUUAGUACAUGUAGAACCUCUCGACCCUUCAGUCGUCCAAAAAUACGCCUCUGCUAGUCGUAGCAGGCCAUCAGCCGGCGAAAUAAUCGAUCAGCUGAUUUAUGGAGACAUAAACAGCAUUUCUGAAAAAGUGCUUGAACAAGCUUUUAAACUUAUUGGGGUAAUAAGUUCGGAAACUGAGGAACGAAUUAAACGCAAUCAUAAUUUCGUACUGCGAAACAUUCCGAGCCACUUAUCUGCUAUGGAGGGAGCGCAUUUGUUCCUACAAAGUUGUGGCUUGAGUUUUAGUGUCGUACAAGCUAAGCGACUUCGCUCGCUUAGUCGUAAUGCGCCGAUACUAGUUACCCUUUUCUCCAUGAUAGAAGUCGAUUUUAUCUUGUCGAGUAGGGAGAUGACUAGAGACUUCUGCCGUUAAUGGCGCUGCUCCGUUUCGCCAGACCUCACACCCCUGCAGCGAAGACUGAAUAAACUAAAAUCGGCAAAAACCAACACCGAGAUAAUGACACCUACUGUCAGUCUGAAUAUGUCCUCUACAACACCACCUGCGGCAUCUGCAAGUCACGGCAUAGUCAAUUCCGUAGGGAGUUCGAUUACUUUUAAUGCUGACCUCUUUGAACACACCACCACGCCUGGUAUAAACACGCCUCUAUCGACUCCCUCAGCAAACCCUAGUAAGCCUAAGCAUGUGUCUAAGUCAAAGGCAAAUCCAAUUGCUGUCUCAGCCACUCGGACACCCCAAUAAAUCCAGCACCAUUAUAAAAUGUUUUCCUCCACAAUCGGCUAACAGUGCCUCAAAUACCCCGACUCAAAACGUAGCGUGUUCGCAACUGCCCCCCAGCCCUCAUAGAUAGAUAGAUAGAUAAUUUUUAUUAAAGACCCGUCGGGGUCCCAUCAAAGCAAGUUAAUAUAAAUUUGCUUGCGAGUUUUAGACGAGGUAGGCCGAAUCUUUACAAAAUGCAAUUCCUAGUUUCUGAAUUAGAAGUCCAUUGAGAAACAUGAUGAUUGAGGGGUGAAAAAAACUACAUACAAAAAGUUAAAAAUGACUGGAUUAAUUUUACAGGAGAAAAAACCCCUCUUUAAAAAUGAUAACAGAAAAAAGCGAGCAGGACUGGCCUGUAGGUGGCGGUAUAUAACGGAAUGUUUUCGGUCAUCGUCAGGGUAUCAAUAAAUGUCCGCCUUGAUGGGUACGAAUGUGCGUCAGACAGGACUGGCUUGCAAAUGGCAUUGUAUACGGGAUUCACAAUUGAGAUCGUCUGGGCCGGAUUGGUACGCCGCGUCAAAGAGGCCAGACGAGAGGAACCGAGAUGCGAUCGGCCACAGCACGCUUCGAGCUCAGCCGAGCAGUGAGGAAGGGAGGUACGACCGAACUACUUGUAAACAGUGAAGACUGAGGGUUCCCCCGUGAGUGUCGACAGACCGCAUGAGGUCGGAAUGCGGGAGAUGACAUCAAAAACCGCGAAAAUUGUCGCUUUGGGAGGGGGGGGGAAGGAUAGCGAUGGAUUUAGAAACCAAUUAAAAACAGGGUUUAUAAUGAUAUAAUUAAGAGUUACCACUUAAUCUACCACUAAAUCCCAGGAGGACCCUUCUCGAAGUCAAGAAUCUGAGUGUUCGGGAAUGAGACCGUUAACAGUGCCUUUAUGCUUUCCGGUGUAAAAUGGUUGCGUAAUUUCGACUUGAAUAUCAGUAACCUAGGCGAUAAUCUAAUUUCAGGCGGAAGAUUAUUCCAAAGGAAGGCAUAUUUGGAAGCAAAGAAGAGGGAGCGCUUAGAUGUAGUACAAAGAGGCGGCGGAAUCACCAUGCAGGAGUUGCGCGUGGCAUAAGACCGAUCUCUCGGAGUGAGAGUGUCAAUGAGCGAUAGACUGGAGCUAGAGUUGAUGCGAAAAAGGAGGCAAAGGUCAGCUUCGAGUCUUCUAACCCACAAAAACUUCAUGUUCGCCAGCUGACAUCUCUGAGUAUAAGAAAUACUGGACGAAGCUUGAGAGAACAGUUUUCGAGUGAAAACCCUCUGAACAUUUUCGAUUUUAUUACGGUCGCAUGCUCUCAUUAAACCGAAGAAAGGACAGCAAUAUUCGAGGAAUGGAAGAACAAACAUUUGAUAAAGUCUUAGCUUCAUUUCCGGAAGGAAAAAAUUAUGCGAUGUGAAUCCACAUAUCUGCGCGGCUUUGGCAGAGAUUCUAUCUGCAUGAGGUGAUAAAGCAAGUUUAUUUGUAUAACUUAGACCUAGGUCCUUUAUGAUGAGGCAUUCUGAGAAUGGGUUAUUCUGAAAAAUUAUGGGACCAGGAAGUUUGGUAGGACCAAAAGACAUGAAACUACACUUGGAUGAUGAAAAAUCCAUCUGCCAUGUCGAACCCCAUUUGCUUAAGCGUAGUAAAUCGGCAUUAAUUUUUUCAACACAAACAUUUGCGGUGUCCUUAGAGUAUGAGUAAACACACUUGAGAUCAUCGGCAUAAGUAAAAGUUUGCAAAUUUCCGAGUUCAGUCGAAAUAUCAUUGAUGUACAGAAGGAAGAGUAGCGGACCCAGGACCGUGCCUUGAAGUACGCCACUCGUGAUCGAGUGAGGUGUCGAGUAGCUAUUACCGACCAUGACUUUCUGAUAUCGGUUGGACAGAUAGGACCUAAUGAAGUCUAGUAGAGGCGGCCGGAUGCCGAGGGCUUCCAAUUUUACUAAAAGACGUCUAUGGGGCACCUUGUCAAAGGCUUUGCUAAGAUCAAAGUAAAUAAUAACCACUGACUGCCGCUCAUUACGAAGAGAAGUGAUUAGAUUAUGAAAAGCCAAGUGGCAUGUUUCGCAGGAUCGUUCAGGUAAAAACCCAUGCUGACUAGAGCUCAGAAGCCGAUUAGCUAGACAGAUGUCAAGAAUUUCAUUGAAAAUAAUCCUUUCAAGAAGUUUUGCUAGAGACGGCGUUUUGUGCACGCCCCGAUAGUUAUUAACAUCUGACCGAGAUCCUGACUUGAAAACGGGAAUGAUAAUUGACGUUUUCCAUGUUUCAGGAAAGAAUCUUUUUGAAAUAUAAACAGAGAAUAAAUGACUAAGCAAUAUGGGAAGGUCCGACGUUUGUUUAAUAAUCGAAUUCGGAAUCCCGUCCGUUCCUGAGCAGUGUGAGUAUUUCAAACGGCUUAUGUGUUUUUAAUGAGAUCUGAGGAGACAUCAAUUGUACUAAGUGUCCUAUCUGAAAGUGAUCGAAGGAAAGGGACCGGAUCGAACUCGGUAGCAAGGUGUUUUGCAAAGAAAGCACUAAACAACUCCGCCUUGUCAGUGUCAUCGGUGAGGAAUACUUUGUUAUCAUUUAGCAUGGGUGGAAGUUCAUGACCACGCUUAGAGUAGGACCGAUGACGGAAGAUGCUAGCGACGGAUUUGCCAGGGUUCGAACCACUGAGAGCAAUUGAUUCUCUCUGCCUGUCGCGCGCUUGGCGCAUCCUUGAGGCCAUCUCAAAAAUCUCUGUGAUUCUAAGAUGAACAGAUAAGGAACUAGCGGAUGGGUCACGCAGUUGUCGCCUUAACUUUUUUAGUCUGUUCUGAAGAAAAUGAGGAACAAGGGAAUCUGAAGUAUUAGGCUUGAGAUAUCUACGUGGCACAAACUCUAGAAUGUCCUUAAAAACAUUGGACAUGACUUCACGAAGAAUGGUUAGAUCGCUACAAGUGAGGAAGCCACACCAAUCCAAGGAUCUCAUAUAGUUAUUUAUUAAGUCGCUAUCUACGCAGUCGUAGUUCAUAAAAGUCUGAACGGCGCUUGUCUUUUUUGAAAAGGCAAGCGGUAGGCAACAAUGAAUUAAUACGUGGUCACUGUCAAAGAGGUCCUUUUUUAAAGCAACAGAAAGAGGAGCAAUGUCAUUGGUAAAGAUUAGAUCUAAAAUGUGAUUAUCUCUUGUUGGAGAGCGCACCAGUUGGGACCAGUUAGAAAAAUUGACAAUAUCUUGAAAGGGCUGGAAUCUGGGUGGGCAGCUAUUGGAAACCCAGUCUAUUUCAGGAAGGUUUGAAUCCCCAGUGAUUAUUUUAACAUCGAAAGCAGCUUCCGAAAUUAAUUUAAAGAUUUCACAAAGUUGAGAAUCAUCACUGGCUAAAGAAUUUGGGGGAUUGUAGAUACAGCUAAUAAUUGCCUUUAUUUGCGGCGAGAGAAUAACAGAUGCAAAGCAGAAGUUUCCCGUGAAUGAGGAAACAUCCAAGUAAUAGGGAGAGUGCUUUAGGUAGGAUUUAAGAUAAAGAAGACAACCACCCCCACGCCUAGUCGUGCGGUCUUGGCGGUAAAAAUCGAAGUCAUCUAUGAGGAGGGCAGAGUCAGGACUUAGAGAAUGUGUCCAAGAUUCUGUUACACAUAUAAUAUCAGGCGUCAUUUCCAGCGCAAUGGCUCUGAUUUGGGCCAUCUUGUUUAUGACAGACCUGGCAUUCAAUAAUAUAAUAUCUAAUGUGUUUCGAACGGCAAUGCUAUUUUCGACGGUAUUUUAAAAAAAAUUUGGAGGCGGAUAUGUAAGCUGCGAAUUUAUGACACUUGGAGAAUAAAUACCAGUUAAUUUGGAGUUAUUGACGUACGGGGAGUCAGCAAGAGAAGGCUGAGUAUGAGACCUAAAGGAGGUGGGGAUAUAGUUUUCAAACACUGGAAUGCUAGGGGAGUUAGAACAUGGAUAGACUUGUUGGUAGUUAAAUAAUGGAGGAAGGGGAGGAGGAGGAGGGAGGCUAGAAGGAAAGUAGGGGCUAAUGGGUGCGGGUAGGCCACUAAAAGAAUGAAAUAGUGGGAAACCAGGUGUAGAUUGGAAGUCAAAGGAGAUAGGUUGACGUACCUGAGAGCAAUUGGCCUUAAGUGGUGGGAAGCCUGAACUAGGUUGGGGCAUGAAUGAUUUAGAGCAAUUCAUGUAUGAAUUAUUUGCUGGAUAUAUAGUAGGGCUUUGACAAGUAACCGGUACGCAGGACAGAGAAUUAUUCGAGGAUAUAAUUGGAAAUGCGGGGUUUGUAGACGUGCUGGGCUGAACAGACUUGUUAGAUCUAAGAAAAGGCGUCGUACCCCUAAACGGAACUGUACUACCUAUCUUUUGGGUCGGAGUCUGAUUCAAUUUUCGAGUCUCACCGUUCUGACGCCAAGCCACAGGUGACUUAGCUGUAGAACUUACAGCACCCAGUUAGGCCGAAUAUGCCGAGUUUCCCACCGUUUAAUAGACCUCUUGUUCCAAUGGAAACAAUGCGUCCCCCACCCCCUAACUUGUUUUCUCCACGGCAGUUUUACCAAUUUAUUCCUCAUGAUAAUGUCCAUACUGAAUCAGUUAGUUCAUCCGAUCCUCAGUUUCGUCCCGGCGGGAAUACGUUGCAGUAUCUGCCCCGCGGAUUUCCAGCUGAAAAUAAGUUAGCUAACAAUAGUUACCAGUUUACCUGCCCGUCAUUCCCUCCCCCAAGUCCUACCCCUUUUUAUCCACGUCAGAAUUUUUCGAUGCCACAAAAUUUUUUGCAGAACCGGAUGAUUGCAUCCGGACCGUUUGCUCCGUGGGCGACCCAGAACUGGACGAUGUAGCCCACCUCCCUCCAACACUAACAGCCUUUCCCUUCAAACUUUUUAUUUUAAAUGCCAGAUCCUUGCUUAAUAAGAUGCCUUUGCUUCAGACUCAGGUGUUCGUCCACUGUCCUGAUAUUGUUUAAGAAACUGAGACGUGGGCAUCAGCCUCAGUAGCUGACUCCGAACUCUCUCUUCUAGGCUACAAUUGCAUUCGAAAUGAUCGCCAAGAUAGCCGUGGUGGGGGCAGCUGCGUCUACGUUAAGCAAACACUUACAUUUUUGUCGUUGGACCUCCCGCACUUUUCCGCAGUAGAAGGCAGCUGCUGGCUCCAGGUAGCACUUAAAAAAUAAGUUCUCCCUACUCAUUGGCUGCGUCUAUCGCCCUCCCAACGCCAAUGACAAUUUUGAUCGUUUACUCUCAUAGGCAUUUCAUGCUGCGGCCGACUUAAGCUUUAAGUAUCAACUGGUUGCGGGUGACUUUAAUCUCCCUGAAGUCCGCUGGUCUCCGCCUUCAGGCCCCAGAAGGUUCGAUGACUUUCUUGAGGCUGUGGAUGUCGGGAUGUGGACUCAGGCUGUUGAUUUUCCCACCCGAGGCUCAAGUAUACUUGACUUAAUUUUCUGUAGAGGCUGCUUGCCAUCGUCAGUGUCAUCCCUAGGCCCACUCGGGGGCUCAGACCAUGACAUAGUUGUUUCAACGUUGGAAUUCGAGGCUGACGAAAUGUCGUCCCAAAAGUAUAACUUUUUCCGCGAUUUCCGAUCAACUCGCUCAACCGAAUUAUUAACACACCUUAAUUCCUACGACUGGACUGAGUUCUUCCUUAGUUCAGAUGUAAAUGUUUGCACUGCAAAACUGUAUGAAAUUUUGGAUCCGCUUAUUUCUCGUUUUGUCCCCCGUAAGAAAAUUAUUAAUGUUGGGGAUGAGAUUUUCCUACCUUUACCCUUUCGUCGCACGUACUGUUAAAUAUUGUCGGUUCUUUUCUGUAAAUGCAAUUGCUAUUUGGAAUAAACUACCCAUGAGUAUGAAAACUCUGCAAAAUUAUCCUUUAUUUAAGAGAACUAUUACUCGAUUUUUGCAUUCAGAAAAGCUCCCACAAAUUUUGGGUGCUGAAUCUACUGAUCGACUAUACCGUAGCGAUGGCGUUUGUGGUCUCUGAACACUAUGGCCGGUCUCACCAGUUGUUCCUCAACGCCUCUACUUUGACUAUCCCCAACUUCAUGAAAGGAAUUUGACGUCCGAUAAUCUCCGAUACCGUGAAACCUCCCCCCUUCUUGACGGUCGAUAUUCUCCCACCGCCGGCAGUUUUUCCUCCUGAGCCCUCCAAACCACAAAAACCACCAUCAACUAUAUUUUUAUCCCUUAAGCUCAGGAGUUUGUUUCACUGCUGGUCGGAUUUGUGUUUAAUCGCUUCCCUUGACAAUGCCUGUAAACUGGCAUUAAAUAAAAAUUUAUUUAUUUAUUUAUUUAUAUUUAUUCUCAAAACUUUCGAUGUGUCCAUAAAACGCCUUCUCUCGCUAAAAACUUUGAAAAAAUUAUCGCCUUAAAAAUUACCAACUUUUGCAUAGCCAAUCAAUUUAUAAGCCCUUCUCUGCAUAAUUUUUUACCAGAUCGCUCUAGUGAAACAUAUCAUUUAGUGGUUCUCAAUUCAAUUCAAUUCAAUUAUUUUUAUUAAUUACCCGUCGGGGUCCCAUCAAAGCAAGUAAAAAUAAAUUUACAUGCAAAUUUUAGACGAUAUAGGCAAAAUCUGCACAAAGUGCAAUGCAUAGUUUUUGAGAUUUGAAGUCCGUUAAGCAAAAUGAAAAUGAAAAAAAAAUGAAAAAAACGAGGGGUGAAAAAAAACUCCAAAGCAAAAUUUAAAAAUGAUUGUAGUAAUUUAACAGGAGAAAAAAAACCCUCAGAAAAAUAGCAUCAGAAAAAUUAGGUAGGACUGGCCUGCAUGUGGCGGUACAAAAUGGAAUAUAGUCCGACAUCAACAUGGCCGAAAUAAAUGUCAGCUGUAUAUGGCACUGCGUAACGGAUUUCAUAAAAUGGUACGUAGGCGAGUCGGUCAGGACUGGCCUGUAUCGCCUUGAAUAAGAAAAAUAAGUGCCGAAAUUGAAAACUAGUCUCAAGCCGAUAGGAACCCAGAUGCGGUCAGUUUCAUUCAACCGAGUCCAUCCGAGCAUGGGGGGAGAUGCGACCAGACUACUAGUAUAUGGCGAAUAUAGAAGGCUUUGUCAAGACCGCCGAUGGAGCGCAUUCUGUAAGGUCACGAUGACAACCAGUCUCGAGGCGAUAGGAACCCAGAUGCGGUCGGUUACAUUCAUCCGAGUCCAACCGAGGAUGGGGGAAGGGAGAUGCAACCAAACUACUAGUAUAUGGCGAAUACAGAAGGUUUCGUCAAGAGCGUCGAUGGCGCGCAUUCUGUGAGGGCACGAUGCAUGAACUAAAAAAUUGGAAUAAUUAACAUUUCUGGUGAGGGAUCUUAGGUAGCGAGACUACUCAUAAAGGAAGGAAACGUGAACAGAUACGGAAAAUUCUUAAUCUACUUACCUCUCUACGUAGUAACUAUCUAUCUGUUGUCGUCAUUUAUUUUGAUCUUAGUAACGCCUUUGAUAAAGUGCCACAUAAAAGACUCUUAGUUAAAUUGGAAGCUAUGGGAAUUCGCAGCACAGUAAUAGACUUUAUCAAGUCAUAUCUUUCUAAUCGUAACCAAAAGGUUUUGAUGGGAUAUUCACUUUCCACUGAAAACCCUAGUAAAAGUGGUGUCCUACGAGGCGCCGUUUUAGGUCCUGUUUUGUUCUUGCAUUACAUAAAUCAUAUCUCGGCAGCAGUUAGACAUUCUCAAUCUUCACAACACGUCCUUUAUUUUACCUCCUCCAGCUUCCUCCACCUGUAAGUGCUCUCUUUUUUUCGCUUUCAGAUAUACUUUCCUCUGGAAAAACCUUCCAAUAAAUAUAAGAUCUUCAGAUAAUCUAAAUAACUUUAGGAGAAGGUUACACCUUUAUAUGAAUACUGACUCGAUUAAACUUUUAUAUUCCUCAUCCUUCCCGGACAAAUUUCUCUAUGACACCGAGAAAGGGGCGCCCGGAAUUUAGGACUCCGGCAUUAACUUUCCGUAUCUUCUCACAUUUCCUUCUUUAGUGAGUCGUAUCGCUUCCUAAGAUCCCUCACCAGAAAUGUCAAUUUUUCGCUUUUUCAAUUCAUGCAUCGUGCCUUCACAAAAUACGACCCAUCGACGCUCUUGUCGAAGCCUUCUGUAUUCGCCAUAUACUAGUAGUCUGGUCGCAUCUCCCCGCCCCCUCCUCGGCAGGACUCGGCUAAAUGUAACCGAUCUCAUCUGGGUUCCUUUCGCCUCGAGACUGGUUUUCUUUUCGACACUUUUACAUGAAUAUUCUCAUCCGGCAUAUGAAUUCUGCCUUGAUGACGCCCGUUCCAAAGCUUUUAGUCAAGACCACAUACAGGCCAGUUCUGUCUGACCCCCCCACUUACCCCUUCAUAAAAUCUGUUAUUCAACGCCAUAUACAGUCCGGUCCUGUCUGCUUUUUAUAAAGUAAGGAGCGAACUUUUUUUCUCCUUAAUUUUAAUACAGCUAUACUCAUUUUGUUUAUGUUGGGAGUUUUUUUCACUGCUCGCUCAACAUUCUUCGUAACAUACAACUUAUGAAAUAACUUUGAAUCACGUAUUGUAAAAACUCUGUAUACGUCAUCUGAAAUUCCAAAAGUAUUGUGGAAAUUAUUCUUACUUGCUAUGAUAGGACCCCGACGGGUCUUGAAUAAAAAUUAUCAUUAUUUUACAAUGUUUAAUAUGUUUCAAAAAGCAAGUCUUAUAUCGAGGACAUUUAGAAGAAAAAAAUUGGAUGCGGCUAUGUAAACUGUGAAUUAAUGAUGCUUGGAGAAUAAAUACCAGUUAGUCUAGAGUUAUUGAUGUGCGGUUUGUCAGCGAGAGAAGGCUUCAAAUGAGCCUUAAAGGAUGUCGGGAUAAUGUUUUUGAGCAUUGGAAUGUUCGUGAGUUAGAACAAAGAUAGGCCUGUUGGUAGUUAAAUUGUGAAGAGGAGGAGGAAUGUGCCUUGAAGGAAGGAAGAGGCUGGUGUGGGAGAGUAGGCAGCUAUAUUUGGGAAACAAGAUCUUGGUCAAAAUUCAAAGGAGUUAGGUUGACAUAUCUGAUAGCAAUUGGCCUUAAGUGGUUGGAAGCCUGAAAUAGGCUGACGGAUAAAUGACUUCGGGCAAUUCACGUAUGAAUUAUUUGCCGGAUACAUAGUAGGGCUUUGGCAAGUAACCGGUACGCAGGAUAGAGAAUUAUUUGGGGAUAUAGUCGGAGCUGCGGUGUUUAUAGACGUGCUGAGCCGUAAAGGCUUGGUAGAUCUAAGAGAAUGCGGCGUACCCCUAAAUGGAACUGUACUACCUUUCUUUUGGGUCGGGGUUUGCUUUAGUUCCGUGGACAUCUGUUGAGUUCAGGUUUUUUAGACCUAGCAUAUUGUUAAUAUCGAUUUAUUUUUGCGUGUUGUUUGAAGUCUUUUGAUGGUAUUUAUGAGGAUUUUUAGGCCACAGGAGUGUAUACGUUGCUUGAUUUUUUUGCUAUUUUUUAACCGUGUGGGGUAUAUUGAGGCCGACUAUAUUACAUCCGCGUUUUUUAUCCGUGACUUAAGUCAAUAUAUUAGGUUAAAUAUAUGUAGGUUAACAGACAAUGACUUCAAAAACCAUGUUGAUGACGACACAUAUUCUAUGCGGUGUGAAAUAAAAAAUGCCACCAAAAGGUUGCCAACAACGCAUACCUUUGCAGAAUGUCGUCUUUGCGAAUGCGGGAAUGAAACUUGAGAACAUUGAGCUUUACUUGUUAAUGGUAAAAUGGGAGAACAAUCAUCCGCACGAGCGGUAGGUGCACGCAGUUCGUUGGUUGGUGUAACAGCGCUGUUCUGUCCAGAUAAGCGAUAUUCUGCAAGCGAAUAUGCACCUAGUCCUUCUAUAAAUGGCUCCGCAAAAUCCGCCAUUAUAACGUCCUCAGGAAGAUCGUUCCAGAUACUGACGACUCGCUGUGAAAUUUCCUCGCCAGAAGUGCUGUCGAGUCUCAGUCGGCUCUAUCUGUUGGCUGCAGGUGCGCUAUACUAUACAACGGCAAGUUGAAAUAUAGAAAUCCGUCAAAGAUAAAUGAGAUAUGACCUUAGGAUGAGGCUGCUGCUUAUUCAGGACGAGCUUUUUAUGGCUUAUUAAUCUUUGAGGAAACUACAUGUAGACAGAACGCUUUCAAUCAAGAUUCAGACAUGGUGAUUAUGGCCUUUACUUACCAAUAUAUUAGGCCCUGAUUCAGCUCCGACGGAGACAAGGUUUGUUUUUCGAGCUAGGAUUUCUAGGUCUUUUGAUAUGCCUUGCAAUUGAUAGUUUGUUCAAUUCAAUACACCAACUAUCGCCUAUUACAACUGCUAACAAACUUCCGGAGGACGGAAGCGGCGAAGUUCAGUUAUCUGACGUGUGCGGUCCUUAAAAGUUUGCCAACUAGCAGUUGUUUACGCUUUUGUAAGGGAUAUGUGUCCAUGCCUUUAUGAUAUCUAGGUAUACUUAAUGGGCUCUUGAUCAUUUCAGUAAACACAUGCCCAGGAUCCUUCGCCAUGCCAAGUUUUUAUUAGGUGUGCAACUGUUCAUGCAACGCUCAAUAUAUUGAUGGUAUGUAUGCUCACUGAGUUUUAAAAAACGUACUUCAAAGAUCCGGAAUAUUUGUGUAUGGUCGGCAGCUCAGUAAUUAGCACUGUCCUUGGGUCGACAUGGUGUUAGGCGUGUCUGGCAGUCUUUGGUUUGUCGGUUGCGUCUCCUGAAGGUCACUGACUUUCCAUGCGGGUAAAUGCCUAGCGUUUCACUCGUUAGUACCAUCCAUAUUAUGUUUACGAGACAGUUUUGGCUUACUCUAUGUGUAUUUCCUUAUAUCUUGCGCACAUGAGGCUACUUUGCCGGUGCAGCAGUUCUGAGAAAAUAACUAGCGCGUGCGCGCUGAUUAUAUUUUAGUCGCCCAGGCCUAGCCUGAUCGCGGGCUCGUCUUCCGAUAGCAAAUGCCUGGCCCUGGGCGCCUAAAUGCUAUCAGGGAUGACCGCGGCCAUCGCGAAUACGAGUGAUCGUUUCGUGUUGUGGCAGAAAGAUAGCUCUGUGACGCCUUCUGCCUGCAGGCUCUUACUGUCCUCUACCCGGGUAGAGGCCUAAGUUACAGGACAUCAUAUCCGGUUUAACACAAAGGUUCAAACCUUCUGUUGCCUUAGACCAAGUGUUUGAGUUAAACUGUCUGACAACGUCGAAUAAGCCAGAAAUAGUUAUUCCGGUCACGUCACGGUCGAAGACACUUGCUGACAGUCGUUCGCACAUCUUUGUACAGCAUUCCUUGAACUGACUAUACAGGCGACGAUAGCGCUCGUGAUCUGACUCAGCAACUACUGUGCCGCCAAGUGAACAAGAUAAUCCUUUCAGUUGCUUAUCAUUGUCGGCCUUCCGCGUUCAUUGUCCGUAUUUUUUCGGUUGACAUAAUUUUGUGUUGUCUAGGAUACCUUCACUAAUUCUUGUAGCACGGAUGAAAGGCAAAGUUAUAGGCAUGUGCAAGCAGAUGCCAGAUCUGAUCAUUUGCCGUUAUCGCUUUAUAGACCAGACAGUACCAGACACCCAGAUACGGAAUCACAGGUCGACUAUACCAGAGCCAGUCUGAUCUUGCAACUGUCAUUAUGAUAACAAAUGCAAGCGUUUAUUAAACCCGUGGCUUUGACAUUCAAGAGCAAGACUGUUUUUGAUUGUUGUUACACCAACGACAGUCCGAAGUAACCAUCAGGUCAAUCCUUUGAAGAGUUCUGGGGUUUGUCCCGAACAUUCUAAUCGCAUGCAAAUAUAAAUCGAUCAUAACCAAGGGCUUUGUUGACCAGUUGUUAUAGUUGAGAGUAGGUGAUCGGUCGCCAUUGCCGGAAGUAGCUGUUGACAUGUAGACAGAAAGGUCAAGUAGAGUAGCAUGGGUUCUUCUCCCUCAUGCUCGCAUUAGCUGCUCCCAUACAUGUAUUACCGUGCCCACAGGUUUCGGGGGACGAUCGAUACGCCUUGUCUAUCAGACGGAUCCAGUAGCAGCCGCGAUAAAGGGAAAAGUUAGAACUGACUACAGAGAUCUUGAUUCUCCGGAGGCUUGUGGCUCGGAUGCGGAGCUUGUAAAGACAUUAAACAUCCAUCUUCUAUUACUGCACAUUUGGGUAGUCAGUCUUUGGUCAACAGAGGCGAUAAACAGUUGCGCAUUUAAGUAUGGAACGCCAAGUAUUUGUUUUCUAUUCAUCCGCACCGGGAAGACGGGUUGCCCGUUAGCCCAGCUGCUUGCUACCCGGCGCGUCCACGGGUGGUGGAUAGUGGGACGUCCUUCAGUGAAGGUCAGCCGCCAAAUAAGCAGACCCAGGUCUGACGAAUAAGCAGUCGCGGACCAGCAGCGAAAUUGCCACCAGGGCGCGGUGAGCUAAGGUCUGGCACGCUGAAGGCCUUAUAAAAAGCCGCAAAGCCCAAUUACGGCAUUGUGACAUGGCGACCGUAAACUGCCAUUAAAUAAGUUUGCCACCGCUGCCUUGAGGUUACGUUUUUAAGUCAAAGCGCUAGAGGAGACAACCUCGAACAAAAAAAUCCGAGCGGCUGUUGAGGGCCCGCCUGUAUUGGAAUUUCACAAAAAACCUCAUGAAAUAUGCCACAUCACAGUAUUACGACCUAUGCUACGGCGUCCGCGGGAACCGACGCGCACCGCAACCCUGGUCCAGUGGUGGGGGCGAAUAGUAUGCGAGCUGGACUACUUGAUCGGGGACGGACUCUUGGUAUUGGGUUCUGGAAUAUGCGAACAUUCUUGGACUCCGGUACCCAAAGCCUGACCGCGCGCAACCAUGAUCAGUACAACAUGGAUAUCUGCUGUCUGUCUGAAGUUCGACUUCCUGACUCCGGCCCUCCGCGAAGUAAAGGUCCCUCGAGUCGAAUAAAAUUUUACCUUGGACCACAGCGGCCCGUGCGACUCUUCUGGUUGACACAGUGUGGCGAUCGCCCUAUCGCAACAAGCGGACUCCGCGCUACUUGCUUGGGAAUCAGUCAAUGACCGGAUAGUCAACAUGCGACUGAAGGAUCACUCCACGAACAUGUCAAUCGUCUCUGUGUACGCAUCAGCUUCGGCUGCUGAACAGCCCGAUAAACAGGCGUUUUACUCGCAGUUGCAAGCGUUAGUUGAAAGACUGCCUCGCCGUGAUCUGAAAAUUGUUGCUGGCGAUUGGAAUGAUCGAACUGGACCUGUCAUCUUCUCUGCCGCGUUGGGCUUGGUUCCCGCUGUGAACAUGGCGAGAGAUUGCUGAACUUCGCUGAUUGAGACCGACUGCUUGUUACCAACACAUGUUUCCAGCAUCGCAAUAAACAUCUGCCGACCUGGUAUUCAAACGACGGCCAUACGGCCAGUCAGAUUGAUUACAUACUAGUCAGCCCAAGGUUCCGCAGCUGGUUUUACGAUAGCAGAUCGAUGCAUGGUGCCGUGACUGGUAACGCCCAUGGGUUGGACCAUGUCCUCGUUCGUACACGCUUGAAAGUUCAUCUCUCAUACGCGCCAAAAAUGUCACUUUCUAGACCCCUCGAUGUAGCAAAAAUCCGGCAAACUAGCGCUGCUGGGGCCCGUAGCAGAGAAAUCCGCCCCUGUUUUACAACCCGAGCCGACGGAGAAGGCAGUAACCGGUGGUCGUCAGUAAAAAGGUCAGUUUAUGGGGCAGCUGAGAAAAUCCUUGGAUACACCCAGCGACGCCGCAGUGACUGAAUCAGCGGAAGAACCGUGCGUUUGUCUGCUCAGACGGCUCGAGCUAGGGCCCCUAACGAUGACUGCUUUCGCCAACUUCGAAAGAUGACGGCAAAAUCGGCCAGGGAUGACCGGAAGCAAUAUUUCGCUGAAAUGGCGACCUCCAUGGAACAGCCCUCGAACUCUGGUGACACUCGAAAACUCUACCAUCUUAUCCGCCAAGUUAGCAGUAAAUCCUCUACACUGAGUGACUGUUCGUGACGUGAAUGGCGGCUUUAUUGCUGACAACUCGGCCAAAGUCGAACUCUGGUGUGAGCACUUCGAGCACCAUCUCAACUUCGAUACCCAACCCACCACGCCCUUGUUCUCCUCUUCAGUGGAGUUUCUUCCCUCUCCCACCUAUGUUGUACCGUGCGACCCCCGCCCCUCUGACGGAGAAGUCGUCGUUGCCAUACGAAAGAUACGCAACAAAAAGGCACCUGGAAAGAACGGUAUACCCGCAGAGAUCUACAAGUCUUGUGUCGACACUCUUGCGCCAUGGCUACAUGGGGUGAUUGAACGACCGUGGAGAUACGAGGAUGUUCCUGAUGACUGAGGCUUAGGCAUCCUUGUACCUAUCCUCAAAAGGGGAGAUAAGGCAAGAUGCGAGAACUUCCGCGGCAUAAGCCUCAUCAACGUUGCUGCGAAGACCUUCGCUAUCAGAUUUGGUGGAUUCCAGACGUUGCAGUAGGUUGGGUGGGUAACUUGACCCAAAUGUGAUUAAACUCGCGUCGUCCGGCCGGCCUCGUAGCUCAGGUGGUUAGAGCGUUGGCUGCGCUAAAGCCUUCCCCUUACUGCGUGGGUUCGAAUCCCACCGAGGCGCCGAGUUUUUCACAGUUGGGUCAAUAUGAAUUAUUCAAAAUCUGCCAAAAUAUCAAUGAGCUUCGCUAUUGUCCAACUCAGGCGAUUCCAGGCUGUGCGUGACUCAAUGAUUGGGCCCAGCCAAGCCGGAUUUCGUGCUGGACGUGGAUGCGCAGACCAGAUAUUCACCCUGAGACGCAUGCUCGAAUUUCGCCGUGGCUACCAACAGCCGACGGCCGUCUGCUUCAUUGACUUUGCCGUCACGUUCGAUUCCGUCCAUCGUGAAUCCCUGUGGCGUGUAAUGGCGCUAGAUGAUGUACCGGCAAAAAUAAUCUCCAUGAUCAAGGCCUAUUAUCGCUCCACUACUGCGAGAGUCCUGGUCUGCAACAAUCUCACCCAACCGUUUGGUAUUCCGUCUAACGCUCGAGAGGGUUGUAUCCUGUCGCCCACUCUGUUCAACUUCGCCAUUGACUGGAUUCUCGGGAGGGCCCUACACGAAGGUCACGGUGUUGAGUUUGCACACGGACACCGACUGACUGAUCUCGACUAUGCCGAUAAUAUCGCCUUACUUGCUUCAAGUUUUGGUGAUUUGUAGUCUCUGGUGCCACGAGUGAACGAGGUCGCUAAAUCGAUCGGUUUAUCCAUAAACGCUGGGAAGACCAAAGUAUUCUGAAGCUGCAUCCCUAAUCAGGAGAAGGCACCCCUCGGGAUUGAUGGCUGUCAACUUGAAGAAGUAGACAGCUUUAAAUACCUCGGGGCGAGACUGCGGCCUAAUGGGCAGAGUAAGGAUGACAUUGUCUCCCGAAUUGAUGCCGCCCGCUGGGUUUUCUCAAGCCUUCGGAAACGUCUAUGGAUCCGACGCGACCUCUCCAUCGCCACUAAGAUUCGCGUGUACCGUGCAUCUGUCCGGUCUGUCCUUCUCUACGGCUGUGAAUGCUGGGCGUUGCGCGUGGAGGACGAGCGAAAACUGGAGGUAUUUGACCAUCACUGCUUAAGGACCAUCCUUCGAGUGACGCACACCAACUUCGUCUCAAAUGAGGCAGUCCGUGCUCGCUGCGACAACGUCGUAAGGAUAACUGAGGCCAUCCAAGAAAGACGACUGAUAUGGUUUGGGCAUGUUCUUCGUCGUCCACCUCAGGAGCUCAAUGUUACUGCCCUCGAUCCGGCACCGUUGCCCCAUUGGAGGCGUUGAAGAGGGGGUCAGUUCAAAACCUGGCUCGACACUGUCCGUCAAGCGAUAAAGGUGGUUCUUGGACCUUGGGUAUUCGGUCUCCGUCGUUGGUGAAGAGAAUGGGUUGAACUGUCCAGAUCCGCCGCCACAGAUCGACACGCGCGGCGAGGUGCAGUUCGGGACAUCAUCGAGGCUAGUUAGACCAGACAUGAUCGCAGCCGUAUCAAAUCAAAAAAAUCAACACCAAAGUAUGGCUGCGGACACAGUAGCAUGGAUUGUAAAAGCAUCGGCGGACAUUUCAUACGUGUGGUUUCUUGGGUAUUUUGAGCACAAACGCUUCCCCAACAGUUGCCCGGACUGUUUGCUUGAAGUUGUCUCCUCUAUCGGUCUGACUCAGGUAAUAACUACGAGACCACAAAGACGAGCGAACAUAGUAACUUACUGUUCAUGGUUGCCAUGCCAAAGUGCCGUCGUCUGGAUUGGCGUUCUUUUGGAAGGUAGUUAGCGUGCCAUUCUUCAUUCCCUCGUGUACUUGUGGCGCUGCCGCCAGUUUUUAUUUACAAGACAACGUAGUUUGCGUAUACGUGUGCCUACUGGGCACAGCAAAGUAACGUAGUGCUUAUUGCCUUCUCUCGCGUCGCCCACUACUGUCUCCUGGAGAUCUCAGUCGAUCGCCCAUGGAAUGGGUAUUUUGGUUUUAUACCCCUCUAGACAUCCUUGGAAGGAAAAUAAAUAAACCACUUUUCCACAGCCUAGUUAUGCUCCUUUUAAUAAGUUUCGUUCCACUAGACAUACUUCCUUCACACAUAGCGCUUUCUCCGACCCUUUGACUGCUAAUUACCUAUUAAUGUUCUUUUCCGCGCCUUCAUCAAUUAUACUAAUCCAUGUACACACACCUGACAUUCUAAUGCUUUCUCUUAAAUUCCCCCCACAGUUCCAGCCAAACCUCCCGUAAUUCGGCUUACACCGAGGGACACAGGAACCCAACUUUAAUUCGUGGAUAUUUGUCGACCUUCCGGCACUCCGCUCGUGGAUCUUCACCGGUAUUUUCCCAUAUCUUCUGUGCGAUCGGCCGUCCAACUCUCGUAUGUCUCAUUCUUCCUGUUCUUAUCGCUCAUGAAUAACUCUCUAUAAACUCAACACAGCACUCGCCCCCGACUCAUGUCUUUUGCCCUAUGGCGAUACUAUCCUUACCUUAUCACAUAUCAGUUAGGCCUUUAGCGGGAUUUUGAGUAGUACUUGUUUGAGGUAUACUUACGAUUGUCUUUGAUAAAUCUGAACUACUCUCGGAGAACCCAUUUUUUGUUAUCUCUCACCGUGUACCACCGUCUUCUGGUUGCAUUGAAAAGUGGUCUCUUGACACGUUCCCAGGCUAUUUGCUGGUGGACUCAAGAAAUUGAUAUGGUGUACAGACCUCGUGAUCUCAUCUUUCAGCUGACAACUGCGUACCUCCGUUUGUUCUGUCUCAAUGUUCGAGACCCAAAGGACCCAUAUAAAUCUAACGAGAGGGUAUUUGGGAAGAGUAGCGGAAACUUUUUCGACUUACUUGUCGUCGUCACCAAAUAGGACUGCUCGCGCCAGACCUCGACCCUCCGUAGUGUGGGUCUGCGACUGUUUGUCCGCGGCUGCUUCUUUGUCAGACCAGAGAGCCUGCCUAUUUCGCCACUAACUUUCGCUGCAGGCCGUAGCAGGCUGGCAGCUAGGUUAACGGGUAAUCCCGUAUUCCUGUCGUCAGAUCUGUUUUCUGAAAUUUCGGGAUCUUUCUACAUUUGAAGGGUUUUAUGGCUCGGAUUUUUGAAUCAUGAAGAGCGUUCUCAUCUGUUACCUAGCUUUCGAACAUCAUGCCACGAAGAUAGAGUAUAUGCUCAAAUAGUUUUUUUUACGGAUAGUGAUCAUGUUGUAGAUGACACUACAGGAGUAUGGAGGGAAAUCGUAUUUGGUAGUUAGUCUGUGCCCCCCAAACGGGCCACGUGGUGGAGGCGCUGGACCAACACGGGUGCCAUAUCGGAUUGUGGCAAGCGUUAUCGAAUUUGCGCACCAUAACAAAUGCCUACAUUUUGGGGGGUGCAGUGGCAGACUCCGUUGCCGGCUGACGUCGCGCACACUGGGACCCCUGCCGUCCUUCCACUUUUGUUGUUGGCUGAAAUCCCGGUCAUUUACUGUAUGUGGACCAGAGGGUGUGGAUCUGGGCGCCAAAGUACGAGAUCGACCGUGCCAUCCACCUGUGCCCUCCCCCGCAUUCGGUCUUCUUGGCACCGGGUCCAGGUGGGGGAGGAGGGAGUGCGGUAGAUGCUAUGCAAGACUACGGUCACUAUGCAUUAAUUCAUAGUACACAAAUCACCGUUCCUGGUUCGCCUUGCUGUGGAGCACAUCGUCUGAAACGACGGUCGAACUGUCAUGCUGAAAUAGGUACCCUUCGUGGAACUUAUUGGAAGGCCACCUGUAUUACGGAGUAGGGAGUAUCUAUUCCCGCGUCUUACCGUCAGGCCUUGCAAGCCUUGCACCCAAUCUCCGCAUCAGGUGACUGUCCACUUCCAAUAGUGGACUGGUGCCUGACAUGCAAAUUAGAAGCUUUUGUGAAUGCGCCGCUGUACUUUGAGUGGUUGAGAAAUAGUUGCCCUAACCCCUAAACCUUACCCCUAACCCAGGAUGUAGCCGUCCUUGAACUUAUCGGAAGGCCACCUGUAUCACAGGUAAGGGGGUAUCUUUUCCCCUGUCUGGUAAGAUGUGGCUAUGUAGCCGCAGCUGAUGGACACCAUACUGUUGACCUACUUAGUUAUUUUGAGUUGGUGUGAUUAUGUUGGCAUGGUACUGCUGUGCGUUGCGGUGUGUGUUCUGUUGGCGGCCUUGUUUCUUUGUUGCCGUGUCUACCUUUUUUGGCCCAAUGCCGGUGGUCCUUCUUGACUUUCAGCCUGUCGUCUCAUUCUAAAUUCCGCUUUGGAUGUUUCAGGAUUAGGGUUAGGAUUUUGGCUAGAGAUAGGGAUUAAGGAGUUAGAGUUAGGGGUUAGGGCAACUAUUUCUCAACUACCCAAAGUGCAACCGCGCAUUCCCAAUAACGAUUCUUUUGCAUACGACUGUUUGGCCUCAUCGCCUAUGCGUUCCCCCGGCCCCAUCUGUAAACUACCCUAUUACCGCCAGUCCCGUAUUACAGGUGGUUGAGGUUUGUUUACUUCAGGUGGGGCUACAUAACCACAUCUGAUCCCGUGCCUUACUCUCAUUUCCUGCAAGUAUGACUCACAUUUGCAAAGAUCAGGUAAACCCGUUUGCAAGAAAGUAAAAAAAGCAAUCAUAAGCCUGGGAGGCGUUCAGGCAAGCCAUUUAAAAGUGCAUAAAAAUCAUAAUGGCGUCCGAAUUUGGUGGUGUGUAAAAGGCUUGAAGCACUGGCACUACUUAAGCACUGAUCAACUACAUUUAUGAAAGUUUAGUCUACCGAGACUGUUAUCGGAUCCAGCCAAUCACGGUCAUCUUGACAGGUAAAUCAACUCCGAGACUGAAUUGGUCAUGCUCUUACAAAAAAGACACUCAAACGCCUGCCACGGUGAGCGCCGGGUUGUCGUAUCCCGUCCGAAUUCCAACAGCCCCCAAAACUUAUUCUUCCUCCAGGCUCCUUCCGCUGGCGUGUGUCCCCUACACAGGACUGGUCUGUGGGUUAUAGAUUUUGUAGAGAAUUUUAAAAUCCGUGCAAAAAUAUGCUUCCUUGUCCUCUAUCACACUCCAGAGUCUUGCACAAAUCGGUUGAGUAAAUGCUUUGGCGCUCGCAUGUGAGAUCUGGGACACCAAACUCUUACAUGUUGUGCGCUUGUCGUGUGAGGCACCCGAUGACGGACUGUCUAGCUCUGUCGGCCACUUGCACCCAUCGGAUGACUGACCGGCUCGGGCAGUUAACUGGUGCCGGGCACGCUUUUAUACUAUGACGGUAUGUUACAAAUCGUGGCGUGGAAGACUGCCAACUGCAGAGAGAUGACUCGGCCCUCCGAGGACAAAAUUGGGGCCUCAAUGACUUCCUAAAAAUGCGGCCUUUAUGACAUUCGCACUCGUUUGGUAUUUAAGUUUACCACUCCGUGAUUCUCCGAAGACAUGAUGCAUCGCGUGCGUGGCACACGCAGACGGGCCGUCUAGUUUUGUCAGCCGAUUCCGACUUCGGUCUUCUUGCCUCAUUCUUCACACAGGGCCCAGGAGAGCAAGGAAGGAGAGCGUGGUAGUUUCCGCGAAUUUCUACUGUCAUAAUAAUCACGCGUAAGUCACGUCUCUCCACCCCCAUGUUGUGGGGGGCAUACGGUGGACAUCUUCGAUCGAACCGCUAUGUAGCGCGCAGUCAUCCGCGAUGUUUUGGUCCCGGAUAAUCCCAUUACAAGUUCUGGUAUUUAUCUGAAUGCGUCUGAUUCUGGUUCCGAUUAACUCCUCAGGGUAGGCGUCCAUCAGCAUGCCGAGGAUUGGAGAACGCAGAGGGUGUGUGUGUGUGUGUGUGUGCGGGUAACCAACCCCGUUAUUUCAGACGCUCAGGAGACCGUUUGCGAUUUGGGCUGACAUGUCCCUAACCAGCUGCUCAAGUAUCUGCGUAAAUCGUUCCAAAGCUUCGUCAUCGCUUUCUCGCUCGUUUCAUUGUCUCAGUGGUAUUCGUCAGAUCCAUGAUGAUAAAAGCAUACCACAGGCCUACCGUAAUCAGCGAGCCAGGAAUCACACCCUAAUUCACGCGCAAGUCACCGCGCCUGCGCUCACCUUGAUGUGAAGCACACGGUGCACAUCGUCGGUAACGACGGUCUAACUGUCGGCAGUUAAUGUCUAAAAGGUUUGAACCUCACCCAUGCUGACAUCAAGAUAGAUCGGUAAAGGCGAUAAAACUGUGGAGUAAUCGUUCCUUACCUUAUUGCCUUAUUGCACUCCAACAUGACGCCGCGACGGUGGCGUCAGUCAGCGCUCUGGUUACUGUGAUCGAUGGUAUUCGCAUUGCCAUCGUGGAAACUAUACGCCUUUUCAUCUUCUCCUAAUAUCUUGUUGUCAAAUUUACGAAAUAAUAAUAAUCUCUUUUUUUCGCUGUUUGUGUCGACAAUUAAAUUAGCGAACGGAGACGUGGUGGAAAACUUAGAGCUAUUUAUUAGUUACGAGCUCACCUAUUUUUCCAUCUGUGUACCGCUUUUAGUCCUCACUAAGGUUGCAGCCUCCAAGAGCUCUUGUUCUUUUAAAAGUUUUUGUCGCGUCUCCAAUUGUCAGCCCUGCUCAACAGGUCAAUGUUUGCGGCUUUGAGGCUGCAUGCAACUGACUUCCUACGCUUGGCAGAAAACUACUCGGUUGCGCGGACGGUUAUCAUGCGACGAUUAUGUGACCGAUCAUCGAAGCAGUUCAGAACACGUCUAAUACUGUAUCGCUUGUAGGCAGUGCUUCUUGGUUGCAGACGCAUCCGAACAGCUGACUUCACAGUCUGAUCGACAGCAUCGCACGUCCGGCUAGUCAUGAGAACCCGUGCUGAAUUUGCUUUAUACUCGCGGACACCCAACCAUAGGAUCCUUGUCCUAGCUCCCACAAACCAACAGACCACCCAGGUUCAACCUUCCCAGGCACGACCUAACGCUGCCCUCAGCUCAUUAUCGACUACUGGCACGCGAGACAGCAGCCCAGAGUUCUGUACAGAAUAAAUACCGCCUUUCUAUUGAUGUCCGCGAUUUGACCCCAAUUGUGGUAGUUUAGAUGGGCGCGUGUUUUAGUAGCUAUGACCUCAGUAUCGGUUGUGGCGAGUCAGCGAUCCCCAUAAUCAUAAAAUCGAAGACUGACCUCCUUUUCAUGCCAGUGAGAGCAAUUGCCGCGCCAGCAUAGACACUUUCAUGCUGAUGCUAAUUAAAUUUACCAUUAGCUGAAUGCUUUUAUGUCAGUAUCCAUUACCACCGAAGAAUUGUCGAUUUAAUGCAUGUAAAGGUGAGGAAUCCAGGACCUUAAAUUUCACACAUUUAGCUUAGGAUAACAUCAACUGAAAGCAGACAGCUCGAUUAAGUUUGCCGAAUUUGCACCAUGUCAUAAAAACUGCGGAUUUUUCCAAUCACAUUGUUUGUGGAUUUAAGUUCUGUAUAGACUGGCACUGUUGUGUGACUUAAUCUAUGAGUGAAAUUUAUCGAUCGAGCAGAUUCUAUUUAAAAUAAUACGAUAAAGCACACAGUACAUUUUAUGUUCUUCAAAUGAAACUGAUCAGUCAGGUUCUGAUCCAGCAGCUUUUUUAAUUUGUAAAUUUAUCGGAAUUUGCCCUCAUCUAGGUGGCCUGAUCCACACCAGUUAUGAAUUUGGCCUCUACUCACAAACAGUUUAAACUUUUUUCUAAAGGCCCAGGAUAGUGUCCAGGAAAUGCUUCCAAUACAAUCACUCAAGUUAACCUUGCUGUAGUAUAUGUCAACUUCUCUCAAUGGGUGUAUUGACAGGUACUGGAAAUCCUCCCAACAAUAUGA